UUAAAAUUUGUUUGUGCUCUCCUCAAAUUAAGAUUGUACACUGUUUUAUUUGAUGUUAAAUCCCAUUCUUCUCACUUUGUUCAUUCAUUCAUUGUACAAGAGGCCCAUCAUCAAAACAAGUCUGCAGUCUCUAGAAGCCCAUCUGUCCUUAACCACACUGUCCUGCUCUUCUGCCAAACACCCAUCUCAGACUCACACAGAGAGCAGUAAGAGCAGCAUCUCUGCAAUAUGAUGUUUUUGUUGUUGUUGUGAUUCCCACAGCAUGCAAUUUUGUCAUAUGUUUUGAAUGGUCUUUGGUGGUUCAAUGAUUUUUUGGCUUGCAUGAAUGGGAAAACACAAGGCUACAACAAAGCUUGUCUCCCCACUGGACUGUAUCACAGUGCAGAUACCUUACCAUUUCAGAUGCCCGAUAUCUCUAGACCUGAUGAGGGACCCUGUCAUCCUGUGCACAGGCCAGACCUAUGACAGAUCCAGCAUUGAGAAGUGGGUGGCCAGUGGGAAUACCACUUGCCCUGUCACCAUGCAGAGCUUGGAGGAUUUCACCCUCAUACCCAAUCAUACCUUAAGGAGGCUCAUUCAGGAAUGGUGUGUUGCCAACAGCUCUAAGGGCAUCGAGAGAAUUCCCACCCCAAAGCAACCCGCAGAUCCAAGGAUGGUCAGGUCAGUUAUCCAGGAGGCUGCCUCCUCUUCAGGGUCAAUUUCCGCAAGGGUUAAUGCAUUGAGGACCUUGAGAAAUCUUGGGAAGGAGUGUGAAAAGAAUAAGGCCAUCUUGGCCCAAGAGGGAAUUGUUGCAGUGUUGAUAGGGAUAAUCACAUCACCAGUAUCAGGGGCAGCAGGAGAAGGAGAAAAGAUGAGAGAUCCAAUAGACCCAACAAACCCAACAGGCCCAAAAGACCCAGAUGGCCUACAAGCCCAUAGUCAUACCCAAUUGGCAUCUGAUGAUCAAUUGUAUGAAGAAGCAUUGGGUCUUCUGGCUUUCUUCAGCAUCAAUGAUGGUGAGAGAAUAGCAUUAGCCCAGCCCCAUGUUUUAGAACACUUGAGUUUCUUGCUUCUCAGGGGAUCGAUGGAGGUCAGAGUCAAUGCUGCACAUUUGAUUGAAUCCUUGACUGCAUCUGACAGCCUACAUGAGCUCAGAUCAGUGGUGGGUAACACAGAGGGAAUCUUACAAGGCCUGGUGAGAAUUCUCAGGGAGAAUCUCUAUCCCAGGGCGCUCAAGGUGGCCAUCAAAUCACUUUUGUCACUCUGUUUCAUCAAGCCUAACAGAGAUAAAGCAGUCUCAGCAGGAGCGGUGAGUGCUUUGAUUGAAGGUAUUGUAGAUUAUGAGAAAUGUGAAGCAGAGAGGGCUCUUGCCACCAUUGAAUUGCUGUGCAGAACUGAUUCAGGCUGCAAGGCUCUCUGCAGCCAUGCUCUGACUGUCCCUGUUUUGGUAAAGAUAAUCCUCAAGGUCUCUGGGAGGGCCACAGAGUAUGCAGCUGGUGCACUGCUUGUGACCUGCAAUGCUUCAGAGGCACUACAAAAGGAGGCUAUACAAGCUGGUAUUCUUACACAGCUGUUGCUUCUUGUUCAGAGUGAUUGCACAGAAAGAGCCAAAAGAAAAGCACAGAUGUUACUCAAGCUCCUUAGGAAUGCCUGGCCAGAUGAUUCCUCAUCACCAGGCUUUGGCAGGACAGAUGUUGUGCCCUUUUAGGGUUUCUUCUAAGCCUCGCAAUUACAAGCCAAGUUUCACAAGAUGGUGUUGGAUCCAUAGUUAAAACUUCCUGAAUGUUUGUCAAUAUCGCAAGUUCUCAGGGUUUUUCUUUGGGUGUUCAAGGCCAGAUCUCAAGGUUUUUUUGAUCAAAUUUCCAGAUAAGAGGUCAUCCAUGGCAUUGUAGAGUUUUUGAAUUCCUAUUCUUGAUAAUGUGAUAUAUAUAGCCAAGCCAAAACCUAUAAAUAUGUUUUAUGGGUUGUGCUGAUUUUGAAGGCUUAUAUGUCUAUAUCUAUUCUAGCUCUGAUGUGAAGAAGCUCUCAGAUUAAGAGCUAAUAGGACCAUAGAUAAGGAAGAGCCCAAUAGCCCUCUUCUGCUUAUAUGUGUAUUGUAUUGAAAAGAAAAUGUUUUUCAAUUUUCAUAGCAUUAUGUGGAAAUUAUUUGGGGACAAGUUUGUUGAAUCUGUCCCCCUUGAUUCUCAAAUAAAACAGAUUUAAUUGAAUUA